ACCAUCUGCUGACAUCAGAGUACACGAUAGAAUUGAAAAGUGGCAGUCAAAAAAUCUUCGAUUAGUAUAAGUACUCUCCCACACAGAAUCCUAUACAACAGUAUGCAUCGAUCGGAACCACCCUGGCAGCAUCUGUUCCGAGUACGUCAACCGGUGACUGUACAGACGCGAGCCGAAUGACAUAAGUGUUUAAAUUAGAGCGAAGAAAUGUGUAGUGUUUUAUUGCAGUAGUGCGGACGAGUGAAAUCAGCGAAUAUCAGCAAUAAUCGAAUGUGAUUCUGCUUAUUAUUUGAACGAAGCCCCAGAAUGUUUUGAACGAUCGAGUCCACAGGCGACACAACGAAAGCUAACCAACUAACUGUGAUUGGAAAUGACCGAUCAGAACGACAAGAAGAAUAUUAACAUGCAGGACCUUUUCAUCUCGCCAGGAAUCUCCCGGGAGCGAAGUUUUAUACGAACUUCGAACCAACAGGUAAUGGACAUGAAUGCCCACAAGCGACGCAGUUUGGCCUUUAGUCAGAGCCAGGCGAUGCAGCAUGCCCAACAACAACAACAACAGCAGCAGCAGUUGCGCGGUAAGCCACCGAUGGAAAUCUAUCGUCCACCAAAUGUGCGCCUGGAUGGCCAUCCGAACCAGAACAACAAAUUGAACGUGCACGCGCAGGAGUUCCAGAUGAACAACCUAAACGACGGUCGGAUUCCGCUUCAAAGUUCCAGAUCCUUGAACAUCUACAGCAACUCGCUGCAACAGCAGAAAUCCAAUCUCGGCAUGCAGUUGAAUUUACAUCCUCGAGCACACCAAAUGCCACUGGGCAGCAUCGGCAGUCCUCACCGGGGACCGGUUAUGAUGUCGUCCCAUCCGAUGCAACACAUCGGGGUGCAGUUACAGUCCUCCCAUAUGCCGCUUGUCAACUCACCGUCCAGUGGCAACAUAUUGCACUCUACUGGACCACGAGUGAAGUUUGCUCCGGAACCAAUAGUUCACGUAGAGCACACGAGCAACAGCUUCCAACCGCAACCGAGUAACAAUUUACAAUCAGCGAUGCUUCCAAGCGUGCACACUAGUAACAAUAACAGCAACAACAGCAACAACAACAAUCCAUUGAAUGUAGCACCGUUGCAACGCUCCAAGUCACUUUCGUCGGCCGAUACACUGACCCGGGGUUUGGCCGGUUUAGGACUUGUCGUCGGACCAGAAGCUAACGAUAUCGGCCAGUUCCAGCCGGAAAUACAAGCCAUCGUACAGAAAGCGGCGGACGAUCCGAAUCAGCUGAACGCACGAUGCCUGAUGGAACUGGCGACGCAGCUGAUGCACCGGGCAGUCGACGGACGAAGAUUUGCCCUACCAAUAUCUAGAUUAUGCAUCACAAUCAUCGCGAAGGAAAAGAAGGAAACUUUCUUGGAAGCUUUAUUGAACACGUGCCGACAGUGGUAUCAAGAACGCGACAAGGUUCUCGGUCCACUAGUGAACAUCAAGAACCCUUCGCGGCCCCGUUUUACUGCUUUCAUGGCUUUCCUCACGGAAAUGUUCUGUCAGCUAAAGCGACGCCAACUACAGCUGCGAACCGAAUGCGAUGGGGUGCCGCCACCCAUGGUACUGCUGACCGUGCUUGGAAAAUGCUGCGAAGAUUGCGUUAAACCGCCCGUUCGAUCACUUUCUGAGAUCGAAUGCUUGUUCUUCGUUCUAACCUGUAUUGGGCGCGACCUGGAGAUGCAUCUUCCGCAGCAGCUGGAAACACUGCUGGCUGCAGUUCGGGACGCAUUUCUGAACUCAUCCGUUUCGGCACCGGCAAUUCGUCGAACGCUACUGCAGUUGAUCGAACUCCAAGCAUCGCGAUGGCAACUUCCUGGCAACACUGUGCUGUACUAUUACCCAUCCUCGAAAUAAGUUAUAAGAGAUUUAUUGCACUGAAGGAUCCUCAACUUUGAUGGACUGCCAGUCUGGUUGCGAACCUGCAAAGUUUCCUACCUUGUUGUUUCUUUGAGAUUACACAAAACUAUCGUUAGCAAACUCUAACCGCUACCACUACGCAAAGUGUUGGAGAACGGAGAACUUUUACCGAAUCAAAUGAAAACGAACGAAACACUCUGGAAGUAAAGAGCUACCAUUUAGAGAACGACACGAUCAGACUACAUUCCAUCAAAUAAUAAAAAAAACUCACUAACAAUGAAGGCAAGAGAGCAAAUUUGUCACCACAAAAUGGAACAUUGUUGAAUAUCUUUUACGAAGAGCCAUUAUAUUUUGACUAUUUACACGGAAAUUAUAACGAUUCUCUAAUUAUGUUUAAACAAAAAAAACACGAAAUUUAACCAAGUAACACUGAAACGAAACGAUUUUAUUCAUUUGAAUGUUUGACAACAUAUCUAAAGUUUUUGAUGGAUGUAAUCUAAACCCAUUAAACUAGUCAUUUUCAUUUCGUUGUACACUAUAUAACGUUAAACUUUUACACACAUUGUUAGAAGUAUCGAAAGAAAAAAAAACGUAAUCAAUGACUGACUAACAUCGUAAAAUUUUAAUUUCAUUACGCACCAAAAAAAACAGCUCCCUCACGCACCCAGUCAACAUACGGAAGAGAACCGUGCCAUCGAUGUAAGCCCGUGAAUGCGCCUUGGGCCGGAGGAGCUCCCAUUAUUUUUGUAUUAACUUAUUUAGCUUAAAGCAAAUGCAUGGUUUAGCUAAUUAGUAAAAGCGGAACACACAAACUGCGGUUGGUGAAUGAUCGUUUUUUUUUUAUUAUUUUGUCUUCAAAGGCAAAUUAUGCAGGCAUCAGUGUAAGUUUAACAAAAAAUAAUAUUGUCUGUGCUUGGCUGAGGAGACGGCACUGAGCCGUGCCCCCCAUGAUUGAUGAGGCUGAAACUGAAAGCCAGGGAUGAAAGUUGCACAACUACAUCAGAAGUAUCCAAUCCAGUACACGCAAAUGAGCCGCACUGUUAGAAACAGAUUUGUGGUUUCGAGAUAUACGUUAACUGUUGGAAAUUAUUACAUAAAGUCUGUUUAACGCUCUGAAACUAAUCAUUUUUAGAAUCUCACAUCGCAAUGUGCAGUUAUUUAUAUAUGUGUCAUACUUUAUUUGUCAUUCGAACAAUAAAUAUUCUUGUUUUGAAGUAUUCAUGAGAA